CUUCUUAUCUUGCUUCCUUCUUUGUAACUUCAUUUUCUUCUCGCGUUGAAUGAGUACUUCCCGCCGAAUAAAACCCUAGCACCAUCGCUCCAUCUAUCUAGUCAUGAAGUCCCAUCGACUACUCAGCAUAAGCACAAGCAGCAUCCAGUUCCGCCACUUCGCCACGAAAUACACAGCGAAAGUCACAUCAACCUCCGCUUCUGGCCUUUCGCUCUCGGCUAGGGUUUCCCCUCCGCAAACUCUUCCCUACGACUCUCGGGGCUACCCAAUUCCACGUCGGAACCUCAUUUGUCGCGCUACCCACCUCAUCCUCCAGUCCGCUAACCAAUCAAAUCCUUACACUUCCCUCCAAGACGACCCUUUCUCUGACCUCUCUGACUACCUCUCCUCCCUUUCCCUUUCCUUCACCACCUCCGAGGUUUCUGAGAUUCUCAAAUCCCUCAAUUCUCCCUCCCUCGCUCUUCGCUUUUUCCAUUUUUGCUCCUCUCUUUCCCCUAAUUUCCAACACGAUGCUUUCACCUACACUCGCAUCAUUCUUGUUCUCUCAAAGUCAACUCUCCCCAACAAGCUCGACCUGAUUCGUUCUCUGCUUGCACAGAUGGAGACAUCCUCCGUGCGUGGGAUCGUCUCCACUGUCAAUAUCUUGAUUAGUUGUUUUGAGAGUGCUGAGGAUUUGGAUAGGUGCAUUGGGUUUGUCAAGAAAUGGGGCUUGAAGAUGAAUCCUUACACCUACAAAUGCUUGCUUCAGGCUUAUUUGCGGUCUCGGGAUUCGAGUCGGGCAUUUGCCGUGUAUGUUGAGAUGGAAAGGAAAGGGUAUAAGCUCGAUAUAUUUGCUUAUAACAUGCUUUUGGAUGCUUUGGCCAAAGAUGAGAAGGUUGACCAGGCCUACAAGGUUUUUGAAGACAUGAAAAGGAGAUAUUGUGAUCCUGACGAAUAUACUUAUACAAUUAUGAUCAGAAUGAGCGGAAAGUCUGGGAGACAUGAUCAAUCACUGGCAAUUUUUGAUGAAAUGAUAUCAAAGGGUUGUGCUCCUAAUUUAAUGGGUUAUAACACUAUGAUUGAGGCACUUUGCAAAGCCCGAAAGAUUGAGAAGGUCAUUAGUUUAUUCUCUAAAAUGGUUGAGAGAGAUUGUCAACCCAAUGAGUUUACAUACAGUGUCAUCCUGAAUCUUCUGGCUGCAGAAGGGCAGUUGGCUAAACUUGAUGAAGUCGUUGAAAUAUCAAAGAAGUACAUGAAUAAGUCGAUAUAUGCAUUUCUUGUAACGAAACUGAGCAAACUGGGUCAUGCUGGUGAAGCACACCGGUUGUUUUGCAACAUGUGGAGCUUCCAUGAUAAGGGAGACCGGGAUGCCUAUAAGUCAAUGCUGGAAAGUUUGUGCAAUGCUGGUAAAACAACUGAAGCUAUUGAUCUGCUUAGUAAAAUCCAUGAGAAAGGAAUAACCACUGAUACUAUCAUGUAUAACACAGUACUCUCAGCUCUUGGGAAGUUAAAGCAAAUAUCCCAUCUUCAUGAUCUUUAUGAAAGGAUGAAACAGGACGGGCCUUUACCUGAUAUAUUUACCUACAACAUUUUGAUAUCCAGCUUUGGCAGGACUGGCAAAGUCAAUGAAGCUGUUAAAAUUUUUGAAGAACUUGAGAACAGCAGCUGUACAGCUGAUGUUGUCUCCUACAAUUCUUUGAUCAACUGCCUUGGGAAAAAUGGUGAUGUUGAUGAAGCUCACAUGAGAUUUAAGGAGAUGCAAGAGAAAGGACUCAAUCCUGAUGUUGUCACAUACAGCACACUUAUUGAAUGCUUUGGCAAGACAGAUAGAGUUGAAAUGGCCUCCAAAUUGUUUGAUCAGAUGAUCUGUGAGGGCUGCCUUCCUAACAUUGUUACAUACAACAUUUUACUUGACUGUCUUGAGAGGAAUGGGAGAACUGCUGAUGCAGUUGAUCUGUAUGCAAAACUUAAACAGCAGGGUUUGACACCUGAUUCAAUUACAUAUUCAGUGCUUGAACGAUUGCAAAGUGGUUCUCAUAGGAAAGUCAGGGUUCGGAGAAAGAAUCCCAUUACUGGUUGGGUUGUUAGCCCUUUAAGGUGAUUGGGAUUAAUAAAUGGAUUUGUUGGAGCAUUAUGUCAAAGGGUUCUUGCACUGAUUGUUGACCUCUACACUUAAGUGCUUUUUCCUUAGUCUCCACUAGAGCUUGUCAAGACUUGGGAGAAUGGGAAAGUUGCAUUUGAUAGGUGCUUUUACAAAUGCAGCUUUUAGUCUACCAGCACUCUACUUGGACCUAAUGCUAGGGAUCGGUAGAUUCAUUUUUAAGCGCAUGCAGCUAAAAGCAGCCAUCCUCAGCAGCUGAAACAUUUUUUUCCCCGAUAAUAAUGGUCUGGUGAAACAUCUCUUUCAUAAUCCACAUCGGUCAGCCUCCUCAUCUGUCUCUUCUUAGAGAUAUCAGGAUCUAUCUGAAGAUUAUUGUGAAUUUGAUUUCUUCAAGGAAGAUUGGAGCCAGAAGUGCGGAGAAGGUUGGGCACAGUCAGGCCGUGAGGUGGUGAUGGUGGAUCGUCCUUGAAUUCUAGCUGUCUGAUGUAAAGAGAUUUCUGAGGUAUGGUGGGUCGGCAACGGAGUCGAGCACACGCAUAGUGAUCUUUAUUGGGACCGGAGCAGUAAUCCUACCAUAGUCGAUUGCUGGUUGUGGUUAAAA